AUGCAGGGACACGAGGUUGGGACCAGGAUGCUCUACCGGCUGACUCUGGCCUCUGGGAUGCUGGAGUGUCUGUGCUUUGCCGGCGCUGUGUUUGGUUAUGCCUCUCUGGUGUUUGUGCUGAAGGAGGAUGGAUACUUCAGUUACCUGUGUGACACUGUCCCAGGUACCAACGGCACGCUGACUACCACAGACUGUAGUCGGCAGGACGAGAAGUUCUCUCUGGUCUUCACCAUCGCCUCGUUCCUCAACAACUUCAUGAAUCUCGCCAAUGGCUACCUGUUUGAUCGGUUUGGCACCAUGGUGACCAGGCUGCUGGGAAUAUGUUUGUACACUACUGGAACACUUCUUGUGGCCUUCUCUAGUGCAGCGUUUUCAGAGCUGCUUUUUCCUGCCUUGUCCUCCAUCGCUGUGGGAGGAAUUCUGCUGCUCCUAACUAACAUGCAGGUGGGCAACCUGUUCGCAGCUCACCGCUCCACCAUCAUCACCCUGUACAACGGUGCCUUUGACUCCUCCGCCGCUGUGUUUCUCAUCAUCAAGGUUCUGUACGAACAGGGAAUCAGUCUCCGCUCCUCCUUCCUCGUUUUGUCCUUCUGCAGCAUCAUUCACCUGGUGAGGACCGUCCUGCUGAUGCCCAGAACCCACAUCCCGUACCCUCUGCCACAACACUACACCUACGGAGUGAAUUGUGGAAAGGCCAACACGUACAGCGUGGAGCAGUUUGACAGGAUUGGGGAAGACAGGAUGACAGAGUUACAGGAGUCCAGUGGAAGGGACAACGCACCAGCAGCAGCACCUGAGGACGGGACGGAAGCCCGAGACUCUGCAAAAGCGGCGAGUUUCCGGAGCUGUGUGUUGUCCUGGUUCUUCCUGUGGCAUCUGCUGUGGUUGUCCAUCAUGCAGCUGAGACACUACCUCUUCAUCGGCACACUCAACCCCAUGCUCAACCGCCUGGCAAACAACGAUCCCAGCCUGGUAAGUCAGUACACCAAUGCUUUUGCCAUCACCCAGCUGUGUGGAGUGCUGUGUGCUCCGUGGAAUGGACUCAUCAUGGACAGACACAAGGGAAAGCCUCUCGCUCCUGGAGAAACCGAGCGGGAGGCAGACCUGCGCUCCUCCUCUCUGUCUCUGUUCCUGACCUCCCUGCAGUGCCUGCUCUUCUCCGUGUGCGCCUCCGUCAGUCUCCUCCCUCUGCAGUAUCUCACCUUUGUUCUACAAGUCCUCAAUCGCUCCUUCCUCUACGGCGGAAACGCAGCCUUCAUCAGCAUUGCUUUUCCAGCCUGUCACUUUGGGAAGCUGUACGGCCUGGUGAUGUCCAUUUCUGCUGUCGUCUCUCUGCUGCAGUACCCCUGCUUCGCCCUCAUCAAAGGAGCUCUGGGUGGAGACCCCUUUUUUGUGGACAUUGCUCUGACUCUCCUCACUCUGCUGGUGUUUAUCCAUCCUGUCUACAUCUUCAUCCACUGCAGGAAACUAACCCGCCACAGGGAGGACAAUGCCCAGACUGGCUGA